GGACUCACCAUUGCCUCCUCUCCUUAAAUUCAGCCCAUUGGUGCUUUCGUUGACUGCUGUAUUCUUUCUUUAUUUUUGUUUUUUGAAAGUUGUUUAAAUGGCUGGUUUUGGUUGUAGCCAUUUAAUUUGACACGGGUGGCUGGUUUUAUCACGUCAUUAGCAGGCUAGUUAAUUUUUCAUAGCACCCAGCCAAGGUUUGUGUUUGGUGUCACAAGGUGGUUUUUACAGAAAACCAUAAUGUACGUUGUAUGAUUUUGAAGCUGCAAGAUUAUUUUUGGUUAAGCUCUCUGUAAAGUCUGGAUUUUCUGGCAUUUUCUAAGUAUCUUAUUUCAUAUAAGAAAUUGCCAUUAAAUGUAAUGCACAGCUAACAAAAUCCCCCUUGUCCAUCGGUUUCAUAUUUGGUGUUGCUUUUCCUUUAAACUUCUCUCCCCCUUGGUGCCACAUUUUUUCGCUUGUGUACAGUCAAAAAAAGAAAAAACAAGAAUGAUAACACCUCUAACUUGAUGCUUUUUGUCCACGUGACUUGGUGCUGGAUGGCUACUGAGUUUAUUAAUUUGGUUUUGUAUGUUUUUUCUGUGUGAUUAUGUGUGCAUAUCAGAUGACUAGCCUGGCCCAGCUGUUACACUACACUAGCCUGAGUCAGGCAUUGUUUUCCAAGCCACUAUCCCCGAUCGGGCCAACGCAGCCUUCAAGGGGGAAUGUGACCAGGAGAAUAGCCCGCUGAACCUUCCAAGAUGGACACCUUGUCUCUUUUAUUUAUUUUUAUUUUAUUUUGCCGGCUGCAGCUUUUGUGUGAUUGAAUUCUGUCCAGGUUGCUACGGCAUACCGGUGGGAUGUGUGUCACACAUUGGAUGCUAGGAGGAUGACUAACUCUUUUACUCUCUUGUCUCCUACUCCCGUUGAUGUAGUGAAGGGCUAGAACUCAAGAAGUGAGACCCAGUUAUAAAGACUUUACUUUAUUUGACAAUCUAUUCUUGUAAAUUUGAUGUGGAUCUAGCUUCCGCACAAAAUGAUUCCAUUACACCUCAGAUGUUUUAAUUUUUUAAUAAUAACGUAAUUUUUGAACAAGGAAAUUCACUCAUGCAUUAAUGUUUUGCGUCGAUACUUUUUUGAAGCUAUUCUUAGCCCUUCAGUUGUUAGGAAACUUGUCAAAUUCAUGCUCAUUCAGCUACAAUGACCAUAACAUAUUGUAAUUCAGUAAGGAAAGAGGAAAAAAAUCCUAGAUUGAUUGAUUGAUAGCCUUGGUGAACAUUUCCUACAGUUCUUAAAAUUGUUGUUCUUUUCUGUAUCUGAUGUCCUGUGUGCUAUUAGUGAUGCAGCCAUUGGGGUUGUCUUGUGUUGCACACCUUUCCAACACUGCGAAACGAUCGCCCCACGGAAAAGCGCCCAUGCUUGAUAUCGUAUGGUUCAUGACCAAUAUGUUUCCAGUACAGGGAAAAUCCCAGAAGAGGCCAAGGCUUUGUCACUUUUGGCACCUGCCACUCCAGCACCCAGUGUGAUUCCUGGGGGGGGACUGCUUCCAAUUCCUACUCCAGCUCCGCUUCAGAACCUGAACCUUCCAGUUGUGAAUCGGACAACUGCCACUCUUGACCCCACAGCAUCAUCAGCGUCCUCCCAGCCCCCCCUCAUGGGGAAUGUGGAUCCCUCAAAAAUUGAUGAAAUCAGGCGGACUGUCUACGUGGGCAACUUAAAUUCACAGACAACGAAUGCAGAUCAGCUGUUGCACUUCUUCAAGCAGGUUGGGGAGGUAAAGUUUGUGCGAAUGGCAGGAGACGAGACGCAGCCGACACGUUUCGCCUUCGUGGAGUUUGUUGAGCAGGAGUCUGUUGCCAGAGCUCUGACCUUCAAUGGAGUCAUGUUUGGGGACCGACCGCUCAAGGUUAACCAUUCCAAUAAUGCCAUAGUGAAACCCCCAGAGAUGACACCGCAGGCGGCUGCUAAGGAGCUAGAAAGUGUGAUGAAGCGGGUGAGGGAGGCCCAGUGUACCAUUGCUGCUGCCAUAGAACCAGAAGUCGAGGCGCAACCCCCCAGUCAUACAAGAACGUCAAAACCAUCACACUCAGAAACACACAGGAAAAGGUCCCGCUCCAAACACAGAUCAUCACAAAAGUCGUGGCAAGGGAGCGACUCCCACAGCUCCCGAAGCAGCCACAGGAAGCGCUCUCGCUCCAGAGACAAGAGACAUAGUCGGAGUCACUCCAGAGGCCACCGGAGGAAGAGUAAGGAUCGAUCCAAGAGCCCUCGCAGAAAAGUCAGGUCACCCUCACCAAAAAGAGGUAAGAAAGACAAGAGGAGGGAUCGCAGCAGGGACAGAAAGGAGCGCUCCACGUCCAGGAAGAGGAGCCGCAAAGACGAGGACAGGAUAAAGAGCAAGGCCAAGCCGGUGAAGGCGGGAAAUGAACACAGCAGAAAAGAAAAGGAGGUCUAUGAAAGUGAGAGGGACGACUCGCCGUCACACAGCGAGGACAUGGCGCCAUCGUCCCCCUCUGUCCACCACAACGGCAGCUACAAGACUCACAAGGAGGAGGAGGAAUCCGGGUGCAGCCUUUACCAAAUGACUGUGACGACAUUAUUGAAGUGAAUCCUGCACCAUCAUUCACACCCUCCACCACACUAACACUUGCACCAGUGUCGUUUUCUUCCCGUUGUCACAUUUCUUUUUAUUUUCCAUUUUUAAAAGUGUAUUCAUGGCCCCUGUGAUACAACUCGUGUUCAGUGUGCAAGCGAAGGAGAGAGCGAUAAUUCAGUAAAUCAGACCUAGUCUCGUGUUAUCUGUUGGGCAGACCAGGUGAAGAUAACGGAACGUUAACAAAAAUACAGAAUACAGCAACUUAAGAGACCCUGAGAAAUGGAAACGGAUAAAGUAGCUGCCAUUACCCCAUCCUGGUCUCUGAUUGGCUAAUCUAGAUCAUUUUAAAAAAGACCAAAACAUUUCUCUCCAUUCCUUCAGUGACAAUGAGACCUUGCUCUCCAGUCGUCCAGAAAAGUCCUUUAAACCUCUGUCAUUGUCAUAACUUCUAUGACAACAGAACCUAACAGUCAUACUGCAGGUUGUAUGACAUAUAAUAAUAAUAAUAAUACAAAAAAAAACAUGUAGUUCAUGUCAAUAUGCUGCAGCCAUCUGCAUUAACAGUAAUGAAAUAUUUUCAUGAAUUUGAGAGUGUUGGCACUGACCUGUGUUAGUACAAAUGUCCAGUUUGCAUGAGGAUCAGAGAGAGGAGCUGUAAAGUGAUUAUUUAUUAUUAUUGUAUCUUUGCUCUAGUCGUGCAUUCUCAAAUGCAGGCAUUUAAAAAAAAAAAAAAAAAACGAGGUAAAAAAUGCUUGGGCUGGCAGCUAUUCUCGAUUUGUGCUUCGUACACUUUCUCACGCAGCAUUUUGUAAAGUUUUAUCGUCUCUGUUUCAGUCCCACUCUUAACUGAUUUAACUAUGAACUGCAGACCUUUAGCAGCUUCACUCGGGCUGUGACUUCUGAAUGAUAUUUUCAGAGAUAAACGUUGCCCAGUCACGCACUGCGUCAUUUGUGACCAUCAAAACAUUUAUUGGAAAAUAUAGAUUGUGAUAUAUAAUCCAGGAAGUUACAACAAGAUUAUUUGACCAACAGAAUCUUGCAGCGGUUUUUCUUCAAACGGUACAUUUCCUUAAAUACGUCAAAUUUCUUACAGUUUGUUUGUGGUCAUGUGAGUGAGUCUUGUUGUUGUGCUUCUGCAGAUGUGGACUCAGUGUAGACACGACGGCAACUUCCCAUAUUCUGCUUAGUGUUUACUGCUCGCGACACGUUCCUUCAUCAAAGAAUUGUAGAAUUGUGAAGCAAAGAAAACGCUCAGUAUUGCGACGGUGGACGGUCUGUUAACGCAUGGAAUCGUGUUGGUUUUAUGCUGUUAUGAGAAUAUACUGUUUCUUGUGAACCAGCCUCUCUAUCAAAAAACACAUUUUUCAUCAACAUGGAUACAUUAGUUUAAUGCGUGUACAUGUACCUGCUUUUAAAAAAAAAUAUAUUAUAUAACUAUAAUUCUGAUAAUUAGCUGUUGCAACACGAUUACAACAUCACAUCAUGGUCUUUUCUUCCCUGUUUUUCCAGUGUAAGAGGGGUGGGAGAAAAAUAAAAGAAUUAAAUAGUUGUAUUUAUUCAAAUUUAGGCCUAUACUGUAAAAUAACGCAGAAAGUCUGUUAGCUCGAUGCUAACACAGCUCACUCAACACAGAUGGGAUGGAAAAAGUGCCUCGACAUAGAUUGUACAGAAUAUUCUCAUAGACAAAAUGGAGACUUAUUGACAGAUGCAACCUGAAUUUAUCAUUAUGGAUGUUGGAUUACUGAAAUUAAGAUGAUCUUUAUACAUACAUAAAAGUAUUGUUCCCCUGUUUUAGUCUUUAAUAGUCAGACUUUUCGUGGACUCCUCCCUUUUGUGUGUGUGUGUUGACAGAGCCAGUAUUGAAUUAUAUGUGAGAGCAUUUACGUGUAAACUGGCCCCGGAUUAAGAUUAAGUUUCUAUGGAUGCUUGUUAUAUUUAAAAGAAGACUUUUACGCCCGUCGUCUUUACUGCUUGUACAAAUCUUCCAAUCUCUUUAUGUUGGCAAAGCUUCAGUUUGAAAUAGUGAACGUGUGAUAGAGUUUGGUGCAGAAUACAAACUUAGCUGUUAGUAUUUGAGGGCAUUUAUCUUUAUAUAUAUAUAUAUAUAUAUAAACAUAUAUAUAUAUAUAUAUCUGUGGAUCCACUUCAUAUAGUCACAACGUGUUCAUGCUUUUCCCCUCCAGCACACACAGAUUUGAUGAAACUGUUUUUGAAGAGAGUGAAUGUAUAUAUCUGUUUGGCUUCCGUUUGAAUCAAACAAUAUAUACAUACUCUUUCCAAAAAUAAUAAAAAAAUAAAGAGACUUUUCAUUCAGACAUUUAAUUUUAUUUCUCUGUUUUACCACACAGUGGAAAAUAAUCUGCUACUGAUGAUUUUUUUUCUUUUUUUUUGUAGUCUUUCAAAUGUGAUGUGGACCUUGGUGUCCCACAAAGAUGUGACCUGGGUACGCUGCAUUUCUGGCCGUGAUUAAAUUGUUUCAUGACCGACGGGUUAA